AUGUCUAACGUAAUGUGGAAAUAUUUUGUUAAAAACGAUAAUGAUGGUUCAAGCAAGUUGUGUAAAAUGAUGGUAGAAACAUGUGGCAAUACGACCAACUUAAAACAACGCCUCAAACGUAAGCACCCAUCUAUAAAUACAUCUGCUAGAUCAGACCCCAUUUUAUUUGAAGAUGAUGAAGAUGAUUUUCCAAUUGUUCAGUCUAUAGUAAGUUUCAUGAUUUAAUUAUUGAAAUAUAUCAUUAUUGCAAUAAUAUGCAUAUUUCACAUGUACAUAAAUUUUUAAACAAUUUUCCUGCAGUUUGGUACACAAACUUCUUUGGAUACAGUGAUUACGUGUCAUUCUCGGUCUGUAUCUCAAAUGUUCUGGAAAUGAAUCUGUGAUAUCAAAGAGAAGUGAUUUGAGUGAUUUAAUUUCUGACGUUUCUGUGGCAUCAACGUUUACUUUGGGCACAUUGGCUGGCAAAUCCUCCAGUUCAUGCUCAAAAUGUAUACAACCCACAAUUGAUCAAUCAUUCAAUGAAAUAAGAUCCUAUGAAAGUAAGAUUUAUUAAUAUAAAUAUUUAGAAAAUUUAAAACUUAUUGUUUUUUAGUUAGAUAAUUUUUUAUAAUAGAUGUCUGUGUUAAAUUUUGCAACAAUUCAAAUGUCUGUAAAUAUCUCAAAAUUAGUUAAUGCUUUCCAAAAAUUAAUUUGAAAUGUAUGUAACCUUUAUUAUCAAACUGUAUAUAUUUCUAGUUGCUAGUGUUAAAUGUAAGUGACAAAAAUUGUAUAGACAUGAAUAUUUUUAAUGUUGACAAUUUGUCAUUUUUCCUGUCGAUUCAUAAUUUUUCUUAUUUUUGUAAGUACAUGAAAGCUUGACAAAAUGAUAUAUUUUAUUUUGUUUUAUUUAAAACUAACUAAUAUUUAUAACCUAAAUAAAUAUUAAUAAUAAUAGUUCAUGCAUUUAAAAUCAAAAAAUUAAUUACUUAAUCUAAAAAUACACAAAAUAAAAAUAGUCGUUGAGAUACGAUUGAAACAUGUGCUCAAAACAAGCUCGGUAGAAUCAAUUUUACCAUUUAAUAGUCCUUCAAUAAAUUAAUUAUUUUUUUGAUAUAUAUAUGUAUAUAUUAUGUAAUAGUUAAUAAUUAUAAUUAUCCAUAAGUCACUUUUUAUAUUAUAUGACCUGGAUGAUGAUUUAAAAAAUUAAAUUUUAUAAGAUUAAAUAUAAUUAGUUCAUAAAAUUAUUUAUUUUAUUUUUAAAAGGAGGUGCCAAAAGUGAAUCAGUCACAAAUUCAAUAGUGUAUAUGUUGGUCAAAGAUAAUAUGCAACUGUUAUCGACUGAAAAAGAUAGUUUUAAACAUUUGAUAAAAACAGUGAUAUCUAUGUAUAAAGUUCCAUCCAGGAAGACAAUCACCAAACUCAUUAGUUUAAAGUAUGUAACCAUUAAAAUUUAAAAUAAAUUAUCCUUAGUUGAAAAUAUUACUUUAACAUCAGAUAUAUGGACAAAUACUAUUAA